CAGGACUCCUCAGAUAGCUUUAAACAAUCUUCAAUUCUGACAGCAACAGUUGGAAAAAGGAUUAAUCAUGGCAGUGAUAAGAGGUCUUGUGCUUCUUUUCUUGGUCUCUUCUUUGGAGUAUGCAGCAGUUGUUUGUGUUACAGCCACUGUUGCAUGUCCCCAAACUUCAAAUCCUUUAAUCCGAAGGUUACCGUUUAUCCAUACCACUCGUCCACAGACAAGAAUGACUGUAACUGCAGCUAAAACUUGCACAUUUGGAUGGAACCGUUUUGGAGCAAAAUGCUUCAGGUUCUUCCCUCAGGCAGUGAACUGGGCCACAGCUGAGAAAACCUGUGAAAACAAUGGUGCGACUCUUGCAUCUGUGCGCAGUAAAGUGCAAAAUGACUUUCUCUUGAGUCUCCUGCCUGGAUCAACUCAGGCUUGGAUUGGUGGUCAUGAUGGCGAAGUGGAUGGACAGUGGCUGUGGGUUACUGGAUAUCCAUUAGGCUACACCAACUGGUGCUUUGGAGAGCCUAACAAUGCUGGCCGUCCUGAGAACUGCUUGGAGAUAAACUGGACCCAAAACCGUUGCUGGAAUGAUGCGCCCUGUUCAGCCACCAUCGGCUUUAUUUGCUCAAAACGUCUGAGAUCAUGAGAGGUCAUUCUGCUUCAAAAGUUCUUUGAUUGAACUACAUCUUUAUAUUGCUCUCGUUUAUCAUCUCUAA